AUGCUGUGUUUUGUCAAUACAGCUGACAACAAGAAUAUCUUGCGGAAGAUGGACCUGCUGCCCGAGGCUAGUCCCGAGGCCUCUGACUGCAGCCAUGAUGUGAAAGAGAAACUACGGGCCGCAUUUCUUUCCAGUGCAUACUCGGGCCAGUGGCAACAGCAAGCAGCAGCUGCAAACCAUAUGAAGAGCAUCAUUGACGUACUCAAGAAUACAGGCCUUCUUUCAAAAGAGAAGAAAACGAGUGGAGAAUACUGCCAUGGAUAUUCAAAAGAUGAGAGUUCUCAAGCAAUCAAAGAGUAUGCACGAGAGCGGCAACUCCCUCCUUGCAAGACCUUCAACUGCUUCGCCUGGAGAAUUGGUGCCCGCAUACAUAGCGAAGAUCCGAGCCGCCAGGGCACCGUUGAAUUCAGGAGAUAG